AUGGAAGACGAGGCUGUCUCUUCGUCAAAAAUCACGCCCGUCGUCACGUUGAGCGACGACGCGCUGGAUUUGGAGUCGCCGAGCCGCGGGAUUCUCAGGUGUUACGCGGAGAAACGCGACCUGUUGUAUCGCGAGGAGAGCACGCGAGACGCGCUCGAUCUCGAGAACGUAUCCACGAGCUGCACCGACACGUCGGAUGACGAGGAGGAGGAGGAAACACCCGAGCGAUUGUCGGCCGACAUCGAGGAACUGGCGAGCCGGCUCGUGACGGAUGCUGAAUCGUCCGUCGAUUGCAAAAGAGAACCGGCGUACAGUAUAACAUUAUUGCCAUCCGUCCUUCAGGAGCGCACUCAACAACUUCGAUUAGAGAUGACGGACCUUCGCGAAGAAUUGAAUCGGGAAACAGCCCUUUGGCGGAAGGAGAAGGAGGAAUUUCAGUUUUUGCGCGAGCAAAGCGACGCUUUCGCGUUCGAGGAGGCGGCCGCAGCCGCGCGGGCCGCGGCCGCGGCUUACGCCAUCGAGUCGCCGCUCUCGAGUGAUCUGAGUAAAACUGUGGAUGUCACGUCCGAGCAGAGCGUCAGGGAGCUCGCGAUACUCGAGUACGAGAAGAACCUCGCCAAGUAUCAGGACCCGUGUUCCCUGGAGCAAGCGGAACGGCGCUACAACGCGUACAAACGCGCGCUCGUCGACGCCUACAAGCAGAAGCUGCUGGAAGUCGAGCGACUUUGCAAUGAGGAAUUGGAGAAGAUACGCGAGAGCGCCAGCUACCUGCAGUCCUUCAAGGAGAUCGCGUCGCAAUGGUCGGUGAGCGAGAAGGAUCGCGGUGACUCGAGCCGGCACGAUCAGGCCGACGGCGAGCAAUCGAAGAUCGCCGAGGCGAAUUUCGAGCAGAAUAACUGGCGUCCCAGACUCGCCAGGGUCGACAAUGAGGUCAACAUGUCGCCGGAGAUUUUCUCCGCCUGGCUGAAACGAGAGGACGCGACGUAG